AUGGGUAUGCACCGCCAGCACCUUAUGAACGAGGAGGUCGACAUCAUGCGUCAUGACUUUGAGAUGGAUAGUAAGGCUUACAGACACUAUAGCGGUGCCGAAGUCGCCAGGAAGAUCCAGAACGCCGAGCGUCUCUACCAGAAGCAGGUCCAGAAGCGCACCACAUACAUUCGUGAGAACAAUGCCGAUGUUGGUGCAUGGCUCCCCAAAGCCAAGGAGAUGAUGCCCCUCUGGUGGUACUUCCAGCCCUCCUUCAACUGCCCUCACGAGGUCGAGCGAGUCGGUCGCUUCAAUGAUGGUGGCAAGUGGAUGUGCGGAAUGGCCGUCCUGGAGAGCAUGACCAAGGAAGACAAGUGUGUUAUCUACUCCCUUGGUGUGUUUGACGACUCAUCAUGGGAGAAGGAGAUGAUUGACCGCACUAACUGCCAGGUCUAUGCCUUCGAUGCUUCUGUCAAUGGAAUUUCCGGUGAUGCUGCUGGUAACCCCAACAUCCACUUCUUCAAAUACUUUAUCGGCGGCAAGGACGAGGUCGACAAGGAUGGCAUGGUCUGGAAGACUCUCAAGACGAUCAUGAAUGAGAACGGACACGAGUGGAUCGACGUGCUCAAGGUUGAUAUCGGGGGCAACGAGUUUGAUACCCUCAACGCCAUGAUGGACCAAUUCGAGAUCUUGCCCUUCUCUCAACUGCAGAUUGAGAUUCAUUUGUUUGGCGAUAUGGAGGACAGAAAACUUUUUAUGGACUUUGUGAAGUUUUGGGAGCGGCUGGAGGGUCAUUAUAUUCGUCCAUUCUGGUCCGAGUUGAAUACUGUUUAUUCUCAUAUAAAUAAGGGUCUUGGGCUUUCUGAGUACAGCUUCAUCAACAUUGGCGGCAAGCACAAACUCCUUCAGAACUUGUAA